UCUCUAGGCAACGGUAGGAGGGACAACAAAAAAAGUCACAAGAUCUCAAACCAUCGAUCUGUUACAUUCCACCAGACUCAUUUGGAUAUAUUGUGGAAAAUAUGCCACAAGAACGAGAUCCUUUUCCAUUUCCGCGAUAUGAGAACGAUUAUACAUUUACAGGGAGUGAGGAAAUUCAGAAACUGGCAUAUGAGAAGCCAACCCACCUCGCACAAAAUGACGAACCCUGGAGGAGACUCCAUAACUCGACAACACAGGCUAGCUCUCGCCGAAAUGUCUUUCAUUAUGACACUACAGCACCAAAGAACAGUCUGGACAUUCAUCUGAAAUCCACAUACGAUCAUCAUCUAGGAUUGUUUCAAAACAAAAAUCAAACCGUGACGCAGAAGGAAACUGUUGCAUUGGAUAAUGGGACACUGAAAAACAAAGAACUAGAAGAAUCAAUGUGUGAGACUGAAAACAAAGGAAUGAGAGUGUGGGUCGACACCCAGAAGGCUUCUAUAUACAGUAUUAAAGGGUCCAUAGAGUCUCAUCACACCGCCUCUACAAACCGAGGUUACUCUCGUAAGCAUGAUGGCGGCUUUUACUCUACGUAACACAAUACAUAUGAUAUACAAGUUAAGAUGGGUUACCCGUACUCCCACAAGUUGGUUGAUAAACAAUGGGUAUCAGCAAUACCACGUAUAAGGGCUUGAAAAAAGAGAAUAAAAGAACCGUAGAUAUGCCGGUGUGGUCUCUUCUUUAAAUGAAUACAAUAAAAUUGUGAUGCUCACUCACUUCAAGGACUCGCUCACUGUUAGAAGUAAUGGUGAGAUCAGAAUCGCCGUUAUACUCAGUGAACAAGCAGAGCAUACUGGACCGAGAUCCAGCACCCUGCCUGUUCUAGUAUAUCUGAUCGAUUCAUCAUUUCUUACCACAGUUUCAACUGUGAAUGCCCAGAGUUUUGUGAAAAGCCUCACGAUCAUCGCUACAGAAGCUCCCGAGUCGGUUAUUAUCAUCUCUGUAUCCGAGCAGGGCAACAACUCGGACCAGAUCAAAUAAGAUCACGGUGUAGAUUUUUUUUUAAAUGAUCUCAUUCACUUACACACACACACACACUCUAACAAAACACAAACAUUCAAGCACACAAACAACCACUAUCAUACUCGCUCCACACACACGCGAACACAUUCACUCAAUGACCUCACAUCCUGG